AUGGGUGAGAGACGAGAAACUCCACAAUCGAUGGUUAAGACUUUCUUCUAUCAGGUUCAACAAGGAAUCAGUGAUGUUGUUACAACUCAAGCUUUUAGGGAAGUCAUGUGGGCCGCAUUGAUGCGACCUAUCUCUGAACUUGCUGAGGUUCAAGGACGGAUGGCGGAUUUAUUUCCUGGGGACAUUCAAGACUGGAAUGGAAAUCUACGAUGCAGUACUGCGCAGUACCUGAAAGCGCCCCAGCUACAUCCCAGGGUCAUGGCUGCUUGCAAUGGGAUGUAUCUAUGCCCAGAGCAAUUCCUCCCCUUCUCCCAAGCGAUCAAAGAGCUACCUUCCUUACGGGAAGUAAAUGUCUUCGGUAUGGAUACCAAGAAUGGAGUCCCAAAAGUAACCACGAUACAGGGAGUGAAGCGGGUAAAGACCUUGGCCGAUAUUUUACCCAUACAGAUCAAUGAUAUCGCCCUGGAUUUCCCAGUUCCCUACGUGCAAUUUUCAUUCCUGGCUCCUAGCCACCAUGUGGAGAUGCAUAUCUCACAUUUCACGAAGUCUUAA